AAGAGGGGUACUAACAACAAGUUUUACAGCCAAUAGGUUGACUCUGUUACAUUUGUGCAAGCUUUGUUAUCGAUCGUGCUGAUAAGAAGUGGAGUUAGUACUGAGCGCAUAUAUUCAGUGCAAAUACUGUAAAUACCAGAUGGCCAUGCACACAGUAUAUUUUUGAUGGAUUUUUUGAAGAUACGAAGCAGGAAGCUGUGCAGCGCAUUCAGACCGGAGCUCUGGAGAGAAACAUGGAGGUUUUACCAAUGAGAGGCCUUCUUUAAGCUUGGGUAGGGAAUUUGGAAACCGAAGGCUAUAUGUUUCCCUUCCUCUUUUACAUUUCCUUGCCGAUUGCCUUGAGCAGAGCAAGGCAGUCUCCCUCGUAAGCGGCAGACAACAUUUUUGGGUCGAAUUGUUUCAUGGGACUUAUUCUCCUCGAUCAACUAGGACACAUCAGGCCAGGGUCAAAAUCCAGCUAACACCCUUUAUAAACUCAGGUAUCAACCAAUUCUUCUGCAUGUUUGUGUUACCUGUGAUUUUAAGAAGUGUGACAUCUCUCUGGCUGGGACAGCAGGGAGAUAGAACAUCAGAAAGUAGUUGCUGAAUGUUUCUGGUUCUUACCUUUGAAUCCAGAAUCACUAAGUAUAUAAGCCAAGACAAUAACACUGGACUGCCUAAGUUGGGUUCCACCACUGAAACUCCUGGUGCCAACGCCUAUCACUGGACUGCCUUUUCCCCAGGGCACUGACUGUACACCUCUCUACCUACCUACCUCACAACGUCCGGUCAUGCUUUUCAAGAGGAAGUUGUGCUUGUUUUCUCUGUUUGGUGGGAUUCUCUUUGUCAUGAUCACCAUUCAGAAGAACAACAUCCUGUCUAUGACUUUGAUGGAGACCCAUGCCACCUCCAGGACUGUGCCAGGGCCCGCUGUUAACCGAACAUGGGCAACACCCAGUGUCACGGUGCUCAGUCCAGACAGGAUAUGUGAGUGCCCAUCCUGCAUAGCGGACAUGAAGUUUUCUGCGUGGUUCGCUCAGCACUAUGAUCCCCAGCAGCAGCCCUUCCUCACAGACAGAGACAACAACAUGGACCGCCUGGCCCUGAAGUGGUGGCUGGCUUUGCAGCGGUCCACCGAUGAGCGUACGAUAUACGAGGUGAUCCAGAAGAUGUUCCAGGUCAUCGCUCCCCCCGCCAGGGAUGUCCAACCCAAACAAGCUCAAUGCAGGAAGUGUGCAGUGGUGGGGAACUCAGGAAACCUGCUGGGCUCUCAAUAUGGCUCCUUGAUAGACUCCCAUAACAGUGUCAUAAGAAUGAAUAAAGCCACCACAUUAGGGUUCGAGGUGGACGUGGGCAACAGAACGACACACCACUUCAUGUACCCUGAGAGUGCAGUGGACAUCGGCCCUGGGGUCCACCUCGUCCUGCUGCCCUUUAAACUCCGCGAUCUACAGUGGGUAGCCAGCGCCCUGUCGACGGGAGAGAUCAAAACGACAUACAUGAGGGUGAAAGAUCGAGUACGGGCUGACAAGGAUAAGGUAAUGGUGAUAAAUCCAGCAUUCUUUAAGUACACCCACGACCGGUGGACAGAGCGCCAUGGCAGAUACCCAUCCACGGGCAUGCUGGCCAUAAUAUUUUCCCUGCACAUCUGCGAUGAGGUGUCGGUAUUUGGCUAUGGAGCCGAUCAACAUGGGAACUGGCAUCACUACUGGGAGGAAAACAAGUAUGGCGGCGCGUUUAGGAAAACCGGAGUCCACCAUGCUGAUUUUGAGAUGGAGGUUAUCCUAAAGCUUGACACAGAGGGCAAAAUUAAGCUGCACAGGAGAUGAGAAUGAGCAGGGGUGGUGUGUACAGGAUGAAGCCAUUAGAGUGUAGUGGUCUGGUGGUCAGAGACAGUCAAAUAUGUGCCCUGCUCUCUGCAACUAGUGCCUAUGAGCAACACAAACAACCAAAACCACAAACGGGAGUCCUCAAACCACAACAAAAACUUGAAUCAUGUACAUUGCCUUCAGAAACUAUUCAUACCCCUUGACUUAUUCCACAUUUUGUUGUGUUACAGCCUCAGAGAUCUACAGACAGUUGUGGGAUCUUAUAUAGACAGAUGUGUUUCUUUCUAAAUCCUGAAUUGGCCACAGGUUGACUUCAAUCAAGUUGUAUUGACAUCUCGAGGAUGAUCAAAAGAAAUUGGAUGCACUGGAUGCACCUGAGCUCAAUUUGGAGUUUCAUAGCAAAACGGUGUGAAUACUUACAGUGCCUUCGGGAAGUAUUCAGACCCCUUGACUUUUUCCACAUUUUGUUACCGCCUUAUUCAAAAAUGUAUUAUCCCCCCCCCCCCCCCCAUCAAUACCCCAUACCCCAUAAUGACAAAGCAAAUUUAUAAAAAAUGAAACUGAAAUAUUACAUUUACGUAAGUAUUCAGACCAUUUACUCAGUAUUUUGUUGAAACACCUUUGGCAGCGAUUACAGCAUUGAUUAUUCUCGGGUAUGACGCAACAAGCUUGGCACACCUUUAAUGGGGUGUUUCUCCCAUUCUUCUCUGCAGAUCCUCUCAAGCUCUGUCUUGUUGGAUGGGGAGCGUUGCUACACAGCUAUUUUAUGGUCUAUCUAGAUAUGGUCGAUCGGGAUCAAGUCCGGGCUCUGGCUGGACUACUUAAGGACAUUCAGAGACUUGUCCUAAAGCCACUCCUGCAUCUUCUUGGCUGUGUGCGUAGGGUCAUGUUUACCCCAGUCUGAGGUCCUGAGUGCUCUAGAGCAUGUGUUCAUCAACUUUGCUCUGAACUUUGCUCUGUUCAUCUUUACCUUGAUCCUGACUACUCUCCCAGUCCCUGCCACUGAAAAACAUCCCCACAGCAUGCUUCCCGGUAGGGAUGGUGCCAGGUUUCCUCCAGAUGUGACUAUUGGCAUUCAGGCCAAAUAGAAUCUUGUUUCUCAUGGUCUUUAGGUGCCUUUUGACAAAUUCCAAGUGGGCUGUCAUAUACCUUUUACUGAGGAGCAAGUCCAGGCUCUGGCUGGGCCACUCAAGGACAUUCAGAGACUUGUCCCAAAGCCCCUCUUGCAUUGUCUUGACUGCGUGCUUAGUGUCCUUGUCUUGUUGGAAGGUGAACUUUUGUCCCAGUAUGAGUCCCUGCCACUGAAAAACAUCCCCACAGCAUGAUGCUGCCACCACCAUGUUUCACUGUAGGGAUAGUGACAGAUUUCUUCCAGAUGUGACGCUUGGCAUUUAGGCUAAAGAUUUCAAUCUAGGUUUCAUCAGACCAGAGAAUAUUGUUUCUCAUGAUCUGAGAGUCGUUAGGUGCCUUUUGGCAUACUCCAAGUGGGCUGUCAUAUACCUUUUACUGAGGAGUGGCUUCCGUCUGGCCACUCUACCAUAAAUGCCUGAUUGGUGGAGUGCUGCAGAGAUGGUUGUCCUUCUGGAAGGUUCUCCCAUCUCCACAGAGGAACUCUAGAGCUCUGUCAGAGUGUCCAUCAGGUUCUUGGUCACCUCCCUGACCAAGGCCCUUCUCCCCCGAUUGCUCAGUUUGGCCAGACGGCCAGCUCUAGGAAGAGUCUUGGUGGUUCCAAACAUCUUCCAUUUAAGAAUUAUGGUGGUCACUGUGUUCUUGGGGACCUUCGAUGCUGUAGAAUUAUUUUUGUUACCCUUCCCCAGAUCUGUGCCACAAUCCUGCCACAAUCCUGGCUUGUUUCUGCUCUGACAUGCCCUGUCAACUGUCAGACCUUAUAUAGACAGGUGUGUGACUUUCCAAAUCAUGUCCAAUCAAUUGAAUGUACCACAGGUGGACUCCAAUCAAGUUGUAGAAACAUCUCAAGGAUGAUCAAUGGAAACAGGAUGCACCUGAGCUCAAUUUCAAGUCUCAUAGCCAAGGGGCUGAAAACGUAUGUAUAUAAGGUAUCUGUUUUUUAUGUUUAAGAAAUGUGCACAAAUAUCAAAAAACCUGUUUUCACUUUGUCAUUAUGGGGUAUUGUUUGUAGAUUGGUGAGAAUUUCUUUUUUUAAAUCAGGCUGUAACACAACACAAUGUGGAAUAAGUCACGGAGUAUGAAUACUUUCUGAAGUCAAUGUAGUUCCUUCCCUGUUCUGUACAUGUCGUCAUGCUGCACUGAACUAGCCUUAUACUGAAGGAACCUUCAAGAAUCCGAGGGCCUUUGACUGACGGUUAAACCACAACCACAGAAAAAGCAUUAAGGACAAAAGCGCUGUGUUUGCGAGAGUGCAAGAACCAUAUCUACGUAUAUUUCUCUUCUUUGUGGGGACAUAAAAGGGCAAUGUUUGAGUCACAUUAAUUCAAGCAUUUUCACUGCAAUGGAACCAUAAGGAUUGAUUUAAUAAGGAGUUUUACAGUUUAAUAUCUUUUUAGAGACCGUUUUGAGCUGCCAUUCGUAGUCAAUCUAUACCAUAUUAUUUUACAGCUUUCAUAAUCAGUUCCUGUAAUGUACACAUUUACAGUAUGUUGCCCAGUAUUAGGUUGACCCUCAUUUUAUCUAAUAACAUGCGCUUUAAACUAUGGAAACUUCACUCGUGUUGUAUUCCAAAGAAUACAAAUCUUGAGCCUGGGGGAAAUUAGCUUUAAUAUUGCAGAUAGAUAAUUCUGCAUCAUUUCCAUGCGUUGUUUAUACGUUCAAACACUGGAAUGCUAGAUGUAAUCUACACCUCGAACAGUUUAACAUGAUGCACCCCGCACAGUUUAACAUGAUUCACCGCGCACUCUACACACACAUGGAUUUUGUAUUGUAGAUAUGUGGUAGUAGAGUAUUGGCCUGAGGGAACCCACUUAAUGUGUUGUGAAAAGUGUUUUGAAAUAUAAUGUAAUGUAAUAUUUUAAGUUAUACAUAACUGCCUUAGUGUUGCUGGACCCCAGGAAGAGUACAAAAUCCAUGUCUAUGUGUCUGUGGGGUGAAUCAUGUUAAACUUUUCCCACACCACAGUUCAAAGUGAUCUCAUUAUUUGUCUACUGGUUUGCGCAAACAAAUGCCUGAGAUUAGGUAAAGAUAUGUAUGUGGUUGAUUGCUGUUACAUCUAUUUCUGAGAUGGACUUGUUGUUUUGUAUGUUCUCAAGGCUGGAAAUGAGUGGUUUGUUAUUUUUCGUAAUUAUAAAAUGAGGAUCCUUAAUAAAUACAUAUACUAAAAUACAAAUUUGUCAUUUUAAAACAGUGUGGUGUAAUUCUAUUUAAAAUAUUUUACUCUUGGACCAUGAUGUGACCCCAAAGACUUCGACAUGGAAAAACACAUUGAAAUUGAGGAAUACUGAACACUGACUUUAAAUAAACCUUACCUUAUGAAGCAAAUGUGACAUGAGCAUACUGUACGUAUUAUUUUGAGUAGUUAUCGUCCUUAUUGCUCAAUGCACUUUCAUACUUUACAUUUUAUUGUCCAAAUUGACCAUUUGUAAUGCAUUUGUAUUUGAAAUCCCAGAUGUAUGUGUGUAUCUGUGUGUGAGUGAAAGAAAGUUGAAUUUGUGAGUACAUAUGGUUGAAUUUUGUUUGUGUGUGGUUGACUAUAAUCAAGCUGUGGUGUUAUUUUUGUUCAUGUUUAUUAAUAAAAGCAUAAUUACCAAUCAACA